CACUGCAGGUGACAGGGUGUCAGGUGUGAUGCACUGCGAUACGGGGUGCGUUACACUGUGAUACGGGGUGCGAUACACCGCGAUAUGGGGCGAUGGGUGCAAUACCCUGCGAUACAGGGUGCAGCACCUGCAAUACGGGGUGAUGGGCGCGAUGCGCUGCAAUAUGGGGCACGAUACACUGUGAUACGGGACGAUGGGUGCGAUGCGCUGCAAUACAGGGUGCGAUACACUGAGAUACGGGACGAUGGGUGCGAUGCACUGCGAUACGGGGUGCGAUACACUGAGAUACGGGACGAUGGGUGUGAUGCACUGCGAUACGGGGUGCAGUACACUGUGAUACGGGGUGAUGGGUGUGAUGCGCUGCAAUAUGGGGUGCAGUACGCUGUGAUACGGGAUGAUGGGCGCGAUGCACUGCGAUACGGGGUGCAGUACACUGCGAUACGGUGCAAGGGGUGUGAUGCGUUGCAAUAUGGGGUGCGAUACACUGCGAUACGGGGUGAUGGGUGCGAUGCACUGCGAUAUGGGGUGCAGUACACUGCGAUACGGGACGAUGGGUGCGAUGCACUGCGAUACGGAGUGCAGUACACUGUGAUACAGGGCAAUGAGUGCGAUACGCUGCGAUAUGGGAUGCAGUACGCUGUGAUACGGGGUGAUGGGUGUGAUACACUGCGAUAUGGGGUGUGAUACACUGCGAUACGGGGUGAUGGAUGCGAUGCACUGCGGUACGGGGUGCGGUACACUGUGAUACGGGGCGAUGCACUGUGAUACAGGGUGCAAUGCACUGAGGUAUGGGGUGUGAUAUGGGGUGUGAUACACUGCGAUACGGGGUGUGAUACACUGCGAUAUGGGACAAUGGGUGCGAUAUGCUGCGAUACGGGGUGUGAUACACUGCGAUACGGGGCGAUGGAUGCGAUGCACUGCGGUACGGGGUGCGGUACACUGCGAUACGGGGCGAUGGAUGCGAUGCACUGCGGUACGGGGUGUGGUACACUGCGAUACGGGGUGAUGCACUGUGAUACAGGGUGCAAUGCACUGAGGUACGGGGUGUGAUAUGGGGUGUGAUACACUGCGAUACGGGGUGAUGGGUGCGAUACACUGCGAUACGGGGUGUGAUACACUGCGAUACGGGGUGUGAUACACUGCGAUAUGGGACAAUGGGUGCGAUAUGCUGCGAUACGGGGUGUGAUACACUGCGAUACGGGGUGAUGGAUGCGAUGCACUGCGGUACGGGGUGCGGUACACUGCGAUACGGGGCGAUGCACUGUGAUACAGGGUGCAAUGCACUGAGGUACGGGGUGUGGUACGGGGCGCGAUGCCCUGCGAUACGGGGCGAUGGGUGCGAUACGCUGCGAUACAGGGUGCAGCCCCCAGCAUACGGGGUGCGCUGCCCCGCGCAGCGACCUGCGGGGUGCGGGACGCUCCGUGUCGGGGCGCGAUGCCCAGCCCCAGCCCGAGCCACCCGGGCUGUGACACACGGUGUGACACCCCCCCCCCCUCCCUCCUCCGCGGCGGGCGGGGCGGGGGGGGGGCGGCCCGUGCUCCUCCUCGCCGUGGCCGGUGGCGGGGCCGGUGGCGGGGGGAGCGGCGGGCGCGGCGGCAUGGCGGGGGCUCGGCUCUGCUUGCCCUGGCUCUGCCUGCGGCUGGUGGCCACCGCCGCCUUCAACCUGGACGCCACCAGCACCCUGCUGAAGGACGGCGACAAGGGCAGCCUCUUCGGCUUCGCCGUGGCUCUGCACCGGCAGCUCAGCCCCGAGCCGGCCGGCUGGCUGCUGGUGGGGGCACCCCAGGCGCCGGCGCUGCCCGGCCAAGGCGCCAACCGGACCGGGGGGCUCUUCGCCUGCCCGCUGACCCCCGAGCUCUCCGACUGCUGGCGGGUGCCCAUCGACGAGGGAGUGGACCUGCAGCGGGAGAGCAAGGAGAACCAGUGGCUGGGGGUGAGCGUCAAGAGCCAAGGUGCCGGCGGGAAGAUUGUGACCUGCGCCCACCGGUAUGAGGCGCGGCACCGGGUGCGGCAGCCGCUGGAGACGCGGGAUGUGAUCGGGCGCUGCUUCGUGCUAAGCCAGGACCUGCGGGUGCGGGACGAGCUGGACGGCGGCGAGUGGAAGUUCUGCCAGGGGCGGCCGCAGGGCCACGACCGCUUCGGCUCCUGCCAGCAGGGCCUGGCCGCCGCCUUCAGCCCCGACCACCACUACGUCCUCUUCGGGGCCCCCGGCACCUACAACUGGAAGGGGAACCUGCGCGUGGAGCUGCUCAACCAGAGCUCCCUCGACCUGCUGCGCGUCGACGACGGGCCCUACGAAGCCGGGGGCGAGAAGGACCAGGACCCCUCGCUCAUCCCCCUGCCCGCCAACAGCUACUUGGGCUUCUCGGUGGACUCUGGCGCGGGGCUGACGCGGCAGCAGGAGCUGAGCUUCGUCACCGGAGCCCCCCGCGCCAACCACACCGGGGCCGUGGUCAUCCUGCGCCGGGACGGUGCCAACCGCCUGGUGCCCGAGGCCGUGCUGCCCGGCCAGCAGCUCACCUCCGCCUUCGGCUACGCCGUCGCCGUGCUCGACCUCAACAGUGACGGAUGGAUGGACCUGGUGGUGGGCGCCCCCCACUUUUUUGAGCGUAAGGAGGAGAUCGGGGGGGCCGCCUACGUCUACAUCAACCCGGCGGGGCGCUGGGACUCCGCCACCCCCCUCCGCCUCAACGGCACCCGCGGCUCCAUGUUCGGCAUCGCCCUCAGCGCUGCCGGGGACCUCAACCACGACGGCUUCGAGGACCUGGCCGUGGGAGCCCCCUUCGACGGCGCUGGCAAAGUCUACAUCUACCACGGCAGCAACCUGGGCAUCGUGGCAAAGCCGGCGCAGGUCCUGGAUGGGGAGGGCGUGGGGGUGAUGGCUUUCGGGUACUCCCUCUCGGGGGGGCUGGACGUGGAUGGGAACCUCUACCCCGACCUGCUCGUCGGCUCCCUCUCCGACACCGUCGUGCUGUACAGGGCCCGGCCGGUCGUCCACGUCUCCAGGAAUGUCUCCCUGCUCCCCUCCAACAUCGACCUGGAGCAGAGCAACUGCCAGCACCAGGAGGGCGUCUGCGUGGAUGUCCGAGCCUGCUUCAGCUACACGGCCAGUCCCGCCAGCUACAGCCCCCGCCUCGUGCUGGAGUACGUGUUGGAUGCCGACACGGAUCGCCGGCGGCGGGGCCAGGCCCCCCGUGUCUCCUUCCUCGGCCGCCGGCCCUCGGACCCCGAGCACCAGUUCUCCGACACGGUGGAGCUGCCCCGGCAGCACGCCCGCGCCUGCAUCAAAGCCACCUUCCAGCUCCAUGACAGCAUCCGUGACAAGCUGCGCCCCAUCGCCAUCACCCUCGCCUACGGCAUCCAGGGAGCCGGGGCGGGCCGGCGGGGCCGGGGGACCACCCUGCCACCGCUGCUGCCCGUGCUCAGCCCCCAGCAGCCCAGCAGCCACCGCACCGAGGUGCAUUUCCUGAAGCAGGGCUGCGGGGACGACAAGAUCUGCCAGAGCAACCUGCGGCUCCACUUCCAGUUCUGCGCCCGCCUGGGGGACGCUGAUUUCCUACCCCUGCCCAGGGGUGAGGAUGGCACCGCCAUCUUCGCCAUGAGCGACCAGAAGGACGUGGCCCUGGAGAUCCACGUCACCAACCUGCCCUCGGACCCAGCGGAGCCGCAGCGGGACGGGGACGAUGCCCACGAGGCCAUGCUCACCGCCACCUUCCCCCCGGAGCUGCCCUACUCCGCCCUGCGCCCCUACGACGGCCGGGCACCCUCGGACAAGCCGGUGGUGUGCCUCGCCAACCAGAACGGCUCGCAGGUGGAGUGCGAGCUGGGCAACCCCAUGAAACGCGGAGCCCAGGUGCGGUUCUUCCUCAUCCUCAGCACCCUGGGCAUCACCAUCCGGACCACGGACCUGGCGGUGGAGCUGGCCCUGUCCACGAUCAGCGAGCAGCCGGGGCUGGAGCCCGUGGUGGCUCGUGCCCGUGUGGUCAUCGAGCUGCCCCUCUCCGUGACAGGCGUGGCCGUGCCGCCCCGGCUCUUCUUCGGCGGGGUGGUGCGGGGGGAGAGCGCCGUGAGGCGGGAGAGCCAGGUGGGCAGCGCCGUGCGCUUCGAGGUGACGGUCUCCAACCGGGGGCAGUCACUGAAGACUCUGGGCUCGGCCUUCCUCACCCUCCUCUGGCCCCACGAGAUCAGCAACGGGAAAUGGCUGCUGUACCCCCUGCACCUGGAGCUGGCGGGCCCCCCCGGGCAACCCACAGCCUGCAGCCCCCCCGCCAACCCGCUGCGCCUGGCCCUGGAGCCACCGGGGGAGGCUGACCCUGCCGAGGCGCCCACCCCGGGGUCCUGGUGGGUGCCGGCACCCGCGGAGAGGAGGAGGAACGUCACGCUGGACUGUGCCCAGGGCACCGCGCGCUGCCUGGCCUUCCGCUGCCCGCUGCACAGCUUCGAGCGCGCCGCCGUGCUGAGGGCCCGCGGGCGCCUCUGGAACAGCACCUUCCUGGAGGAAUACCUGGCCGUCACCUCGGUGGAGCUGAUCGUGCGCGCCAGCGUCUCGGUGACCUCCUCCAUCAAGAACCUGGUGCUGAAAGACGCCUCCACCCAGAUCCCCGUCUCCAUCUACCUGGACCCCGGGGAGGCGGUGGCCGGCGGCGUGCCGUGGUGGGUCAUCCUGCUGGCCGUGCUGGCCGGCGUCCUCGUCCUGGCCCUGCUCGUCUUCAUCCUCUGGAAGGUGAGGGACGGGGACGGGGUGUCCGCGGCAGGAUGUGUGUCCCCCUCCCCAUGGCACAGGGUACCCCGGCCGUGCCAUGCCACACCGUGCCACGCCAGCUAUGCCAUGCCAUGCCACCCCUGCUGCGCAGUGCCAUGGCGUGCCACCCCAGCUGUGCUGUGCCAUGGCGUGCCAUGGUGUGCCACCACAGCUGUGCCGUGCAAUGGCGUGCCAUGGUGUGCCACCCCAGCCAUGCCACGUCGUGCCAUGCUGUGCCACCCCAGCUGUGCCAUGCUGUGCCACCCCAGCCACGCCAUGCUGUGCCGUGCCAUGCUCUGUCACCCCAGCCAUGCCAUGCUGUGCCAUGGUGUGCCACCCCAGCUGUGCCAUGCCAUGCUGUGCCAUGGUGUGCCACCCCAGCCAUGCCAUGCUGGGCCAUGGCGUGCCACCCCAGCUGUGCCAUGCCACGUCGUGCCAUGCUCUGCCACCCCAGCCAUGCCAUGCUGUGACAUGCCAUGCUGUGCCACCCCAGCCAUGCCAUGCUGGGCCACGGUGUGCCACCCCAGCUGUGCCAUGUCAUGCAGUGCCACCCCAGCUAUGCCACACUGUGCCACACCAUGCCACACCAGCUGUGCCGUGCCAUGCUAGCUGUGCCAUGCCAUGUCAUGUCAUGCCAACCCCACUGUGCCAUGCCGCCCCAGCUGCACAGUGCCAUAUUGUGCCACCCCAGCUGUGCCAUGCUGUGCCAUGCCACGUUGUGCCAUGCAGUGCCACCCCAGCCAUGCCAUAAUGUGCCACCCCAGCCGUGCCGUGCCAUGUUGUGUCAUGCUGUGUCACCCCAGCUAUGUCACACCAUGCCAUGCCAUGCCACCCCAGCUGUGCAGUGCAAUGUUGUGCCAUGCUGUGCCAUGCCAGCUGUGCCAUGCUGUGCCGUGCCAUGCCACCCCAGCUGUGCCAGGCCACGUCGUGCCAUGCUGUGCCACCCCAGCCAUAGCAUGCCAUGCCGUAAUGUGCCACCCCAGCUGUGCCACACCGUGCCACGCCAGCUGUGCCAUGCCAUGUCGUGCCAUCCCCACUGUGCCAUGCUGUGCCACCCCAGCUGCACAGUGCCAUGGUGUGCCAUGGUGUGGCACCCCAGCCAUGCCAGGCCACCCUGAGCCACCCCAGUUGUGCCAUGCCACGUUGUGCCACUCCAGCCAUGCAGUGCCACACCAGCUAUGCCAUGCCACGCCACCCUGUCUCUUCCAUGCCAUGCCACCCCAGCCGUGCUGUGCCACAUCAUGCCAUGGCACCCUGGCUCUUCUGUGCCAUGCCACCCCAGCCGUGCCGUGCCACGUCAUGCCAUGCCAAGCCAUGCCACCCUGGCUCUUCUGUGCCAUGCCACCCCAGCCGUGCUGUGCCACACCAUGCCACCCCAGCUCUCCCGUGCCAUGCCAUGCUGUGCCACCCAGCCUGGCCUUGCCUGGCCUCACCCUCUCGCUUCCU